AUGGCCAUGGUGUUAUCGGGGUCGAGACUCAGCUCCGUACCACCACCCCGCAAGCCAACGGAGGUUGGUGGAGAUCAGGAUCUACCACCAGCUGUCCCGAUUGACGAGAGUCUGCAUGUCCAACCCCGCAUGAGCGACGGAGACGAGCCCCUACUGCUCGAUGGAGGUGAGACGUGCCGACGCGGUCGCGUGACCACUGGUGACUUUGGGGUGCCUUCUUUGGACACUCGACAGUCGUACUUCUCCAACAGCAUGCCCAAAAGGCCCGAGGUGCCUGCGGCACCGAACCGGAUAUUGCACAACCACCAUAAACUUCGUAUCGAGAACAUGAUGAAGGAACUCUCCACACUUUCAGGGAGGCGAAAGCUCCAGAAUGAGGUGGCUUCGCGCAGGCAGGCUAAGGAAAAAGGGUCCAUAUAG